UCCCUGCAACCGGGACUUCCCUUCGCGCUCUAUUCAGCGGUGCCGCGCCGCUACCCGGGCAUGUCCCGCAGCCGGGCUUCGCCCAGCGCCCGGCUCCUGUAACGCCUCCGCCCGCGGGCGAGGCAGGGCCGCGGGGCCAUGGGGGGCUCCUGAGGGAGCGGGGAGCGGAGCGCCCGGCCCGCGCCGCCACCAUGGAGCCGCCGCCGCAGCCGCCCGGCGCCCCCGGCGCCGCCGAGCCCGCCGGCUGCCCCAAGGACACCGACCGCCAGCUGCGCCUCCGCCUCUGCGUCCUCAACGAGAUCCUCAGCACCGAGCGCGACUACGUGGGGACCCUCCGCUUCCUGCAGUCGGCAUUUCUUCACCGGAUCCGACAGAAUGCAGUGGACAAAGCUGAGAAGUACAUAACAGAGGAGAAUGUAAAGAUCUUAUUUUCUAACAUUGAAGACAUUCUUGGUGUUCACAAGGAGUUCCUGGCUGCUCUGGAAUUUUGUUUGCAACCAGAACCCCAGUCUCAGCAUGAACUGGGAAAUGUUUUCUUAAAAUUUAAAGACAAAUUCUUUGUGUACGAGGAGUACUGUAGCAACCACGAGAAAGCACUCAGACUGCUGAUGGAAUUGAACAAGAUCCCCGCAGUGAGAACAUUCCUUCUGGGUUGCAUGCUCUUGGGAGGCAGAAAGACAACAGACAUUCCACUAGAGGGUUAUCUGCUGACUCCAAUUCAGAGAAUUUGCAAAUAUCCUCUUCUGCUCAAGGAAUUAGCUAAGAGGACUCCCUCUAAGCAUCCUGAUCACCCAGCUGUCCAGAAUGCACUGCAGGCAAUGAAGACAGUCUGUACAAAUAUCAACGAGACCAAGAGACAGAUGGAGAAACUGGAAGCCCUUGAACAGUUGCAGUCCCACAUUGAAGGAUGGGAGGGGUCAAAUCUGACAGAUAUUUGCACACAGCUCUUGAUGCAAGGGACUUUGUUAAAAAUCUCAGCAGGAAACAUCCAGGAGAGAAUGUUCUUUCUAUUUGAUAAUCUCCUGGUCUAUUGCAAGAGGAAAUCCAGAGUUACUGGGAAGAAGGCAUCUAGAAGGACAAAGUCAAUCAAUGGGUCCCUUUAUAUCUUCAGGGGCCGAAUAAAUACAGAAGUCAUGGAAGUAGAGAAUGUGGAAGAUGGAACAGCAGAUUACCACAGCAACGGCUACACGGUGACAAAUGGCUGGAAGAUUCACAACACAGCCAAAAACAAGUGGUUUGUCUGUAUGGCCAAGACUGCUGAGGAUAAACAGAAGUGGCUGGAUGCUAUAAUCAAGGAAAGGGAGCAGAGAGAGAGUUUGAAACUGGGAAUGGAGAGGGAUGCAUAUGUCAUGAUUGCAGAGAAAGGAGAGAAGCUGUACCAAAUGAUGAUGAGCAAGAAAGUGAACCUUAUCAAAGAUAGGAGAAGAAAAUUAAGUACCGUUCCCAAGUGCUUUCUUGGCAACGAGUUUGUAUCCUGGCUCACUGAGAUUGGAGAGAUAAGCAAACCAGAGGAAGGGGUCAACCUGGGACAGGCACUAUUGGAAAAUGGAAUAAUUCAUCAUGUUUCAGAUAAGCACCAGUUUAAGAAUGAGCAGGUGAUGUACAGAUUUCGCUAUGAUGAUGGAACAUACAAGCCAAGAAGCGAAUUGGAAGACAUCGUGUCCAAGGGGGUGAGGCUGUACUGCCGACUGCACUGCCUGUAUACUCCAGUGGUCAAAGACCGUGACUACCACCUCAAGACAUACAAAUCAGUAAUCCCUGCAAGUAAACUAGUGGACUGGCUUAUUGCACAGGGAGACUGUCAGACUCGGGAGGAGGCUGUCGCACUGGGCGUGGGACUCUGCAAUAACGGCUUCAUGCACCACGUCCUGGAGAAAAGUGAAUUUAAGGAUGAAUCCUUAUAUUUCCGCUUUUAUGCUGAUGAGGAGAUGGAGGGUACCAGUUCCAAGAGCAAACAAUUACGUAAUGACUUCAAACUCGUGGAAAAUAUCUUGGGAAAGAAUCUUCUGAUUUUACCAGAAGAGGAUGACUACGGGUUUGACAUAGAAGAAAAGAACAAAGCAAUUGUGGUGAAGUCAGUUCGACGAGAGUCUUCUGCCGAGAUGGCUGGCCUGCAAGCAGGAAGAAAAAUCUAUUCCAUCAAUGAGGAUUUAGUAUUCCUACGCCCGUUUGCUGAAGUGGAAACCAUGUUAUCCCAGUCCUUCUGCUCACGAAGGCCACUUAGGCUUCUGGUAGCCACCAAAUCAAAGGAGAUUAUUAAAAUCCCAGAUUGUCCUGAAGCACUUUGCUUUCAGCUCCGGGGAGCAGCACCACCAUACGUUCACGCAGUAGGAAGAGGUUCUGAGGCUGCAGCCGUAGGCCUUCAUCCAGGGCAAUGUAUUUUGAAAGUUAAUGGGAAUAAUGCAACACAUGGAAAUUACAAGGAAGUUCUGGAACACUUCACAGCCUAUAGGACCAGGCAGCAGGAAGCACUGGGGUUGUACCAGUGGGUGUACAGAACACAUGAAGAUGCGGAAGAGGACAGAGUUCAGCAAGCAGCAUCCCCUGCAUGUUUGAGUGGCAGUCGCCUGGGCUCCAGCAGAGACAACUCUGCACUAGAAGGACAUGCAGAACUGGAAUCCCUUCAAAGCAGCCAACAGGAAUCAGCCCAGACACCACAGACUGUUAUUUCUCCACUGGUCAUUGGUGAAGAAACCCCUCUCAUCAGCCUGACUGUGGAUAACACGCACCUGGAGCACGGGGUGGUAUAUGAAUAUGUUAGCAGUGCAGGAAUCAAAUCCUUUGUCCUGGAGAAAAUUGUGGAACCAAAAGGUUGCUUCAUUCUCACUGCAAAGGUUUUAGAGGCCUUUGCUGCAGAGGACAGUCAUUUCGUAAGGAACUGCGAAAGACUCAUAUCCCUAAGUAGUGCUGUGGCCACCAUGCCCCAGUAUGAAUUCCGGCAAAUCUGUGACACUAAGCUGGAAAGCAUUAGCAGGAGGCUAACGAGCUACCAAGAGUUUGCAGAUGAAUUGAAAACAAAGGUGAGCCCAGCCUUCAAACAAGCCGUUAUGGAACCUCAUUCCCUCAACAGCAUGGAUUUCUGCCCCACCAACUGCCAUAUUAACCUCAUGGAGGUAUCAUACCCCAAAAACACUACCUCAGCAGGGAGAUCGUUCAGUAUUCGCAUUGGACGGAAACCUUCUAUUAUUGGUCUUGAUCCAGAGCAAGUAGGUACCUUAAAUCCAGUCUCAUAUACUCAGCAUUGCAUCACCACUAUGGCUGCACCAUCUUGGAGAUGUCCAGCCCCAGAAGAUGGAGAUCCUGAUGGUAGCUUUGGCCAGCAGAAUGGAGGAACAAUUUGGGAAGAAAGGGGACUCAGUUUUCUGCUGAAACAGGAAGAUUGGGAGAUGCAGGACUCCUACUUGCAUCUUUUUAACAAACUAGACAUUGCAGUGAAGGAAAUGAAGCAGUAUGUCAUUCAGAUAAAUAAACUUUUGUCCACCAUAACAGAACCUACAGAAGCUGGUGCCUGUGAGCCACCAUCUACUGAGGACACAUCUUCACCUUCCCUGGGAACAGAAGAAAGUGAUCCUGACAAAGCUGAGCAUGGCGGAAUCAAGAAGGUCUGUUUCAAAGUUUCUGAGGAGGACCAGGAAGACUCUGGACAUGACACAAUGAGUUUCAGAGACUCCUACAGUGAGUGUAACAGUAACCGGGACUCGGUGUUGUCCUACACCAGCGUGCGGAGCAACAGCUCUUACCUGGGCAGCGACGAGAUGGGAUCAGGAGAUGAGCUUCCCAAUGAUAUGAGAAUACCUUUAGACAAGCAAGACAAACUUCAUGGCUGUCUGGAGCACCUUUUUAACCAGGUUGAUGCAAUCAAUGCACUUCUAAAAGGACCAGGAAUAAAUAAGGCCUUUGAGGAAACCAAGCACUUUCCCAUGGACCACAGUUUGCAAGAAUUUAAACAGAAGGAAGAAACCACAGUUAGGUGCCGGAAUAAUAUUCAAGCCAGCAUUCAGGAAGAUCCAUGGAACCUUCCGCUGCGCAUCAAGAACCUUGUUGACAUCAUACAGAAACAUGUGGAAGAUGGGAAGAAUCAGCUGCUUUUGGCCUUGUUAAAAUGCACAGAUACUGAGCUACAGCUGAGACGUGAUUCCAUCUUCUGUCAGUCUCUUGUGGCUGCUGUUUGCACCUUUUCAGAGCAGUUACUGGCUGCUCUCAACUAUCGGUACAACAACAAUGGGGAAUAUGAAGAGAGCAGCAGAGAUGCCAGCAGAAAAUGGCUGGAACAGAUAGCAGCCACUGGAGUUUUACUAAACUACCAGUCUCUUCUCUCCCCCACUGUGAAGGAGGAGCGCACCAUGCUGGAAGACAUCCAGGUUACUCUGGCUGAACUAGACAAAGUUACCUUUUUUUUCAAGCAGCUGGAUGAAAGCCUUGUAGCAAAUACUCAUGUCGUCUACCACAUCGAAGGAAGUCGUCAGGCCUUGAAGGUUAUCUUUUAUCUUGACAGUUACUACUUCUCCAAACUGCCUGCUCGCUUUCAGAAUGGGGGAACCUUGAAACUGCACACAGUGCUCUUUACAAAAGCUCUGGAGAGUACAGAGGGGCAGUCACAACCAGCUGGUUCACCUCUAGAAGAACUCCCACAGCAAAUUAAUGGUGUUUCACUCGAAAAAGUGCAGCAAUACUACCGUAAACUCAGGACAUUUUACCUAGAGAGAUCAAACCUGCCCACUGAUUCCAAUACUACUGCAGUGAAGAUUGACCAGCUUAUUCGCCCUAUCAAUGCCAUGGAUGAGCUUUGCAGGCUGCUGAAGUCUUUCAUCAGUGCAAAGCCAAUGCAGUCAGGAUGUUCCAGCAGUGCCUCAUCAGGAGCUGGCCUGCUGCCCAUAUCCUCUGAGCUCUGCUACCGGCUGGGAGCCUGUCAGAUCACCAUGUGUGCCACUGGGAUGCACAGGAGUACGCUGAGCGUGUCCCUGGAGCAAGCAGCCAUACUGGCCCGCAGCCAUGGGCUCCUGCCCAAGUGUAUCAUGCAAGCUACAGACAUCAUGCGAAAGCAGGGACCAAGAGUUGAAAUCUCUGCCAAGAACCUGAAAGUGAUGGACCAAAUGCCACAGCAUGCACCUCGACUCUACAGGUUGUGCCAGCCGCCUACAGAGGGGGAUUUAUAGGAGCAAGAGGCUCUGGGCUGAGGACCUGCGACCUGACCCCGGUGGUGCUGCUGUGCUCGGCAGGAGAGGGACCUGCUGGCCCAGGCAUCAGGAAUGCAGGAUCCGUGUAUUUCUUGGACUUCAAAUUCCUGAAACAAAUACCACAGGCAAGGAUGGAUGCUGCUGCCAUUCAGAUGCCUGGAAAAUGACCAUUAUGCUUCAAGAAAGCACAGUUCUCCUCGUGACUUGUUUGUGCAACCACCAGAAAGUUGUGGACUUGGAGAUACGGCUUGGUUCAGAAAAUCCUGCUGGACACUCCUCUCUCUCCCUCUACUGCCCCUGGCACCCAUUUAACUGCCAGCAGGUUUUGGACAACGUCCUUUAGUGGUAGUUGCAUAAACCCCACGUUUUCGUGAACUGACCUGCACUUUUCAGCGAAGAAUAGCACAAUCUACGGUUUAUUCAAAUAGGAACAUAAAGAAUUUCUUCUGGAGUAAUUUUCCACUUCAGCCCAGUGAGAGAAUCUCUCUAUGCUGCAGAGUAUACAUUCCAUAAUACUUCUUAUCAUUACUUCAUUUUACUUACUGUAGCUUUCAGGUUUUGAUUAACUCUUUUUACUAAUGCCCUGUGAUUAUGUACUCUGGAAUACAGUGCUAAUGAAGAGCAGUGUAGGAUUUUUACAAAAAACUUUGCAAAGAAAAAAUACAGUUUGAUAAUCUGAUGAUUUCAACAGAUGUAGUUUUAAAAACAGGUCAGAAGAACUAUACUUAUUUAUGUGGAGUGGAAUAAUACGUGUUUUUGAUCAUGUUAUUAUAUGUACAAGAUGAAAAUAAAAAUUAUAUUGUUUAAAAUGGGACCAAUAUACUGGCAGUUACACAGCUACUCCCAGUUUACUGAAAAGAUCUACAUUAUUUAAAAUCUUCAAUAUUUAAGUAGUCUUUAAAACAGUUAUUAAGAUGUAUUAGGGAUGCUUUUAAGUUAAAAGAAAAAAGGAAUCAUGUAUAUAAUGUUCUUUAUUUUUUUCUUGUUUAAAAAAUUGUUCUCCAUUCUGUCAGUAUUACCCUAAGCACUGUAGUUUUUUCCAAGUUACUGGCUGAAACUAAUCAAAGCAUGUCAGCAGUCUCAGGACAGAAAUAAUGUUCUUUUGGAGUGAGUGCCUUAACAUGACCAACCCUCCCUAACAUGGCAGGUGUACAAGAACCUCCCCAUUCCUGUUCCUCCACAGCCUCCUUUAAACCAGCUCCCAGUCAGGAAACCCAGGAGUGCUUUGCAGUAAUGUAUAUUUUAUAAAAUAAAGGUUUGGGGGUUUUAUUUGUGUUGUUGUUUGGUUUUUAGUGGCUUUACUUUAUUUUAUUUUAUUAACAUCCAAAGCAACUCAAAAACUAAUGGAUGUUUUCAUUUGGACAUGAAGGCCUCUCUAAUUUUUAUAAUCUUCUCUUGAACACAAAACUGUUUAUGGCAAGUUGGGAAAUGCAGUUUGUUCUGAAUCUCGUUUCUUAAUUUUUUAAUAUUUGUUUUCUUCUCUCACAGACUGAAAUAAUUUUGGGGAAGGAAAUUAUUUUUUAUUUUCUCUUUAUUUCUUUUAACUGUUUCCUCUGAUCUGCAGCAACGUGUUGCAGGAAACUAGGACAGCCUAUGGACUGCCAGCUUUGGGAUACAGAUUUGGUACUAGGUGUCCAUCCUGGACUGCAAGCAGAUGAACAGAUCUCUAUUUCAAUGCACUUUUUGUUAAUUUUGGAAAAGUUACUCUUACCAUGUGCUAUUUGAAGAAAAAAAUGGAUGUUUCUUCACUGAAUCCAGAAUUUCAAAUGUACUUAAUACUAGAAGAACCUUAGAAACGCCCCAAAGUAAAAAAGAACCCAUGGGGUGAGCCCUGCCUGUGUCCCCAUCAGUUGUGCUCUGCAGAAUGGCCUGGGCAGGAUCCUGGCCCAUGCCUGCAGCCUCUGGCAACAUGACAGCUGCAGAGAAGGGUGUACAAGGGCAUUUACACUGUGCACUGUUUUACACUGAAAUGUAUGUGUUAUUCUCACUUAAAACUUGAGAGACGUUUUUAUUAUUAAAAGUUGG